GUCGGGCAGCCACCCGAAGAGGGUGCUUUCCUAUUUUUGCUUCACGAACGCUGCGAUACUUUUUUACGGACGAUGUUUUUUAUUUGGAACAUCGUCGCCGGCACUUGAAUAUAGUUUUGUGUCGUGAAUUGUUUUCGGGACUUUUAAACAUUAUCCCUGCCCUAAAAUUAUUCGAAUGAAAAUGCAUUCGUUUUCACCGUUCUUCAUAACUGCAACAUUGAUUAUGAUAUCAUGUGGCGCCAACCGCAUCUCUACCGUUGUGAAAAAUCACAAUCAAUUUCAUAUUCUGCAUCAACAUUAUAAUAUGUCUGACACCGAUACUCAUUCCCCGGGGCACGUCCGGAAUAUCGCGAGCGGAGAUGAAGCUCACGGCGUAGGAGUUGGAUACAAAUUUAGGUCAAUGGCUUCCAACUCAUCAACGGUGUUCCAUGGAGUUGCAGAUGUUCUACGCGUACGAAAUAAAAGGGAUAUUCCUUCGAACAUUUUGAUGACCCAACAUUUCAGUGGACAGAUCGUUACGCCCGGUGAUGACGUAAGCCUUCAGUGUACAGCUACAGCAGAAAGACCACCUAGAUUCAUUUGGGAAAGGGACGGUGUGACGAUCACAUCAAAUACUGAUCAAAGGUACACCCUUGGCCAAAUGAUGUCUGGAGUCGGAGUGGUGUCACAAGUGAACAUCACGCGCUCAAGAGUCGAAGACGGCGGGGUCUACUCUUGCACUGCUUUAGAAGGAGACACGAAGAUAACGCAUUCAGCUCGUAUAGAUGUUUACGGACCGCCGUAUAUUCGGUCUCUACCACCGAUAAAAGUACAGAGCGGAGAAUCUUUGAAGUUAAGAUGUCCCUACUAUGGAUAUCCUAUCAGCAAACUUGAAUGGGAGCAUAAAGGCGUGAAACUGAGUUCGACUGCUUUACCACAGCACGUUCGUUACAAACGUACCUUUACCACCGGCAAGAGAAGAAGAAGAAAACGACAGCUAUACGAAAGAGAUGAAAACGGAGUACUGAAUUUACCUAAAGUCGUUAAAGAGGAGAGCGGGGAUACAUACACUUGUGUCGUGUAUAGUCCUUCGGGAGAAAUGGCUAGACGAUCUUUCGAGAUUCAAGUUGUAGAAGCACCUGAAUUGGACGAACUAAGGGUCGGAUCUGGACUGAAAGAAGGUCAAAUAGUACAGAUAACAUGCAACAUUGUCAGUGGAGAUCCACCGAUCUACUUCUCCUGGCUGAAGGAUGGGAAGAAGAUACCUCCUAGUUUGAAAAUCACAGAAAGGAGUUCUGAGCUAUUUAGCGUGCUGAUUAUAAAACGGGUAGCUUUGGAACACUGUGGAAAGUAUACGUGCAUCGCCACCAAUCACGUGGGGAAGGUGAACCAAACCACGGACCUGUACAUCAGUGUGGCCCCAAAGUGGGUGGACGAGCCAACGAAUACAUCCUUGCUAUUAGGCCAAAGAGGCAUGGUCUAUUGCAAUGCGAAUGGAUAUCCAACCCCGCAAAUACAUUGGAUGAAAAGAGACGCGACCCUUGGUAUUUGGAGGCCAGUUUUGGAUUUAGCCGGGGGUGGAGUGAUCAGCUAUCCCAACGGUACUCUAAUCAUAGAGGUUGUAUCUCUGUCAGAUGAAGGCCUGUACGCUUGUAAUGUGGAGAACGGCGUAGGAGAAGCAUUGAAUAAGAAAUUGUGGAUUAGCGUUAACAAACCAGUCCACUUUGAAUCAAUAGGAGCUAAUUUGACGACAAAGGCAGGACUUCCGGUGACCAUUUCUUGUCGUCCACUCGGAGACAGUCCUAUUAGAGUCAAAUGGAGUUUGGACGGCAAACCUUUGGAUUUUCCAUCGUCAAGAAUAACAAUCUCAGAGACGAAUACGCAUAAUGGGCUGAGCAGUGUCCUAAACAUCAAUUACGUGGAGAGUCGUGAUCGGGGCUACUACGAAUGCCGAGCUAGUAAUCCUUAUGGCGUCGCUGCUUAUAAUGUGAGGCUUAAUAUUCUAGAGCCACCGUCGUCUCCGGUGGAAUUGCAAUUAGAUCACGUGUCUGGUAGCACAGCCAAAUUGUCUUGGAGGGACACGAUCAUUGCGCACGUGGAGUACUACACUGUCCAGUUUACUAACAACGACUUCAUGAUGUGGGAUUCAGCUAAGACCGUCAAUGUUACCAGAGAAGAUGGCCUCAUUCGCCAGACUGUAGAGCUUACUGAACUUCAACCGUUUACGGAGUACCGGGUGAGGGUUGCAGCUGGAAACCAAGUAGAUUUGAGUUCUUACACGCAACCCAUUCAUUUCACCACGCAGCAAGAAGCGCCCUCAUCAGCUCCCAUGGGAGUACAAGUGCAACAGUCUGAUUCUCCUGGAGAACUGAUGAUUCGUUGGCAGUCACCGCCCCGGGACACACAUAAUGGACCUUUACAGGGAUAUCACGUAAAGGCCGUGCCAUUUAUUAGCGGAGAUUCAGUUCCGAAUGAGGCUCAAACGAAAAUAAUAAAAGUAAUCGCAAGAAACGGAAAACAGGAAACAGUUCUGGGUGAUCUACUAAAAAAUGUGAGGUACGGAGUUUCAGUGAGUGCUUUUAAUUCAGCAGGGAACGGACCAUUCUCUGUGCCAGUCUAUCAAACGACUAGAGAAGGAGCGCCAGAACAAGCUCCAUCUGGUGUGGAAUGCAGAGGAGUUUCAUCCACGUCAUUGAGAGUCAGCUGGCAACAGAUAAAUUCACGUGGAAGUUCUUUACUCGGCUAUUUCGUGUACUACAGUACUGAAGACAGUUUGUGGUCGAACACAAGCACACCGCACACGGAGUUGUAUAUCCAGGGAUUGUUGAAAUACACGAAUUACUCAGUGAAAGUAGCAGGAUUCUCUAAUUACGGACUGGGACCAUUCUCUUAUCCAAUCAUUUGUAUUACGCUACAGGAUGUUCCCGGGCCUCCUCCAUUGAUUAAAGUACUGGUAUCGUCAUCCACAUCCUUGCUCGUCAGCUGGAAGAGGCCAGAGCAACCGAAUGGCGAGAUCACGCAUUACACUGUUCACGUUAAGCCAGUUUCUAGUACCAACGCUCCACAGAGUUAUAGGGUGGAUGCGACACACGAAUCCGCACUGACACGAGAGUCAUCCUAUUCUAUAACUGGACUGAUCACUGGGAGACAGUACGAGGUGUUCGUUCGUGCCCAUACAACGGCAGGGGAAGGAACUCCGAGUAGGAGAGUCCAUGCUGAUUUAUCUGCUAAAGUGGUAGCAGGAGUCUCAUCACUGGGUGGCUGGGUAGCAGUAGGCGCGGGGAGCUCUGUGCUGUUGGCGUGCGCUUGUGUGGGCGUACCGGCGCCACGUACUGUGUGGUACAGACACCACCACAUCAUAACCCAUCAUCCUAGAUACACGAGAAACCACGAUGACAGCUUACUCAUUAACAAUAUCGACCAAACUCUAAGUGGCAACUACACAUGCCUAGCGAAAAAUCUAUACGGCUCUGAUUCCGUUUCGUAUGAAGUGACAGUACUACCGACGCCAGAGCCUCCGACCUUAAGGAUUACAGCGCAUAAGGAUUCUCUACAAUUACAAUGGGAUCCUCCUAGAAAAAUAGCGGGAAAAGCGCAGAAAAUCAGUUACAACUUGACGUGGAAAGAAGCCGACGGUUCCUGGCAGGACGCUUGGUCCAGUCGUGGGACGACGCUGCAAGGGAUACAAGAGUACACAUUACAAGGACUAAAGUGCGGUACCAAGUACUCUCUGAGGAUCACCGCUGCUAAUAGCGUUGGGUCUUCACAGCCGGCCUACUUUGACGCCAGUACUUUGGGUGGUGUGCCUAUUGCUCCAUCAAGCACCGAAUGGUUUUGGAGCAAUGCUACCCACAUAUACAUACAGCUCAGCGGAUGGGACGACAACGGCUGCGAGAUCACAAGAUUCGAAGUCGAUUACCGGGAGUACGGUUCGAAGAGUUGGAGACGAGUGGAUACUGGAAUUCCUCCUAUAGAACAACAAUGGAAUUACAUGUCCUCGAUACUAAAUCAGCCGAACUCAUUCGUGAUCGGAGAUUUGAAUGCCGCCCAGUGGUACCAGAUUCGGGUUUCCGUCGAGAACUCAGCGGGAGUUGCCACUUCGAUUUAUAACUAUGCGACUUCUACGUUGUUCGGUGAGACAAUCGGCCCUCCUUCAGAAUACUUUGACAUUAACAUGCUAGUAAUCAUAUGCAGUUCUAUCCUGCUGAUUAUAUGCUCAAUAACGUGCGUUUAUAUUCUGGUAAAGAGACAUAAUCACAACAAUAUGACAGAAUAUCGGAAUUCCCUAACGGUUGAAUCUAAGUCGGAGCGUAGUGAUGUACCCGCGAAUACUCCUCAGAGCGUACCUUCGGAUAUCAACAACAGAGUGUACAGUACGCCGGUACAUUUGACUGCCGAUACCAAACACGAACUAUACGAGAUCAGUCCUUACGCACAGUUUGCGUUGGGCUUCAGAACCUUUGGCCACGUGGAAAAUCAAGAAGUACCGAGCAGAAUUCAUUUGCCGAGUAACAGCAAGUCAAGAUAUGAUACUGAAACCAGCUUCCAAAUGAGAUCGGAGUCAGAAGAGAGCGAUUGCAUCUCGAGGACGACAACUUUGAAGAGUGCUCCUAGAAAGGCUUGCCGAAUACCUCACCACAGGUAGCUGCAGUAUUGAAACGAAAUCAAAUGUUCUAGUCCUAAUCAUUGAAAGGUUGUGUUCAUAUCAUUACCUCUAAGUGUUUUAUUGUAAUUUCAAUAUUUUUUAAAUACAUAAUAGUACAUUGUGCACCAAGGGAGGAAAGUUGGACAUUUCCUCCCGCGUGUUUGCCAUUUUACACGGCAUGAGAAGUCCUACUUUUUUCCCGCGGUGCACAUACUAUUUUUUCUCCUACCAGGCCGAAAGUUCGGCAUUGUAAAAAACUUAGCACCCGUGGAGUACCGGGGUCCAGGGGCGAAGCUCUGGCCGGGGGUAGGAUACCGUACUGAAAAAAAAAACAAUUGUAACUGUUUUUUAAAUUUUUAAAUAAACUACUACUAAUCGAAUAAGAACUGUCUGAUGAACUCAUCUUUGUUUAAUGUUUCACUAUUAAAUUUUAUUGCCUUUUGUUUAUUUCACUUUUACACUAAACACAAUAUUGCAAAUUACCCGAGCACAACAAUGGCGGAGAAUUUUAGGUGCGUGAGAGCAGACGCUAACGCGCAUGCGCACUUGUACCCAGGGAGGAAAAGACUUUCUUCCCUGUACAGCGGGAGGAAAACCAAACUUUCGGCGUAGGUAGGAGCAAAUUUAUUACAAUAGCGCUAAUUAAUUCGUAAUACCAUAUUUAUUAUUGCAAUUUAAAUAGUUAAAACCUGCAAGAACACACACACACACACAGGAAUUAAUUGAUGAAAAUUUUCAAGAUAUGAAAAUUUGGUUGUAAUUUUAAUUAUUAUAUUAGACCUAAGUAUCGUAUAUUAUAAGGCUUUGUUUACGUUGAUUAGCGGGCGCGGUGGCGGCGACAAAAACGCUGCUUCUAGCGAGCUUUGAUCUCAUUUUCCACCAGUGUGCUUAGUGUGAGUUUUUUAAGUUCUCUAUCGGCUAAAAGUUAACUCAAAUCUCUAUAGAGUUGAAACAGCUUGCUUUCGUAUACAGUUGUGACACUGUUCCAACUCCAUACAGAUUUGAGUUUAUUUAUUUAUUGAAGUGAAACUUCUUUAUCGGCGUUGGAAAAAAAUUUACCGUCACAUUUUUCGGUUACGCGUCACAUUUUUCCGUUACGCGCCAUCUUUUUUGUAUUCAUGUCUAUGAUAAUAAAAUCCUUUUGUUUAAACUUUAUCUAAUUUAACUUUUUUGUAUUCAUGUCUAUGAUAAUAAAAUCCUUUUGUUUAAACUUUAUCUAAUUUAACUUUAUUUAACCAAUUUCUAGAAAGUUGCAUGUAGAUCAUUUUUCGAAAAAUAAGGCCAUAAACAAGUUUCACUUCUUACGUGUGUACACUAGUACACGCACACAUUUUUUUAUUUAUGUAUACUUUAUGCACAAAACAAAAGUUGUACACAGGCGGACUUAAUGCCAUGAGCAUUCUCAGAGCAGGGAUAAUGCAUGAUAGGUGCAUUAACAAAAGAAUAAGAAACAACAACAAAAAACAAAAAAAAAGAACAAAAUCAAAAAAAUCAAAACAAAAAUCUUCUUUAAUGUAACAUCUCAGUAUUAUAGAAUACACAUAAUGUUAAAUAAAGGUACUUAUAUAGAUUACAUAUGACUUUGUAUGCAUAAAUUAACAUACUACAACUACUACCUAUGUAUAAAAUAAUAAAAUACAUACAUACACAUAAUCAUACACAACACAUUAUACAUACAUGUAUAGCAAUAAUAUAUAAAUACACAUUUUACUUUUACGCGAUCGAGAAGUAAAAAAAACUCGAACUAAGCGCACAGGUCUUUGUCUGAUGCUAGCCUGCAGUAGGGAUAAGCUCAAAUUAAUUCAACUCAAGCUAAUUAAUAAACCGCUGCUGCAAAUUUAACAAUCAACUUUAGACGUUUGAUGCUUCCCGCUACAUGAUCAAUAUUCGAUCACACCUGCGUUUUGUUACUGGUGGUAGGACCUCUUGUGAGUCCGCACGGGUAGGUACCACCACCCUGCCUAUUUCUGCCGUGAAGCAGCAAUGCGUAGUAACUAUACUCAGACCUUAGAACUUAUAUCUCAAGGUGGGUGACGCAUUUAGGUUGUAGAUGUCUAUGGGCCCCAGUGACCACUUAACACCAGGUGGGCUGUGAGCUCGUCGAUCCAGCUGGCAAUAAAAAAAAAUUCAAAAUUUUAUAUUACAAUUUAAGAUAAUAAUAAUUAAAUAUUAUUAUUUUCUAUGGUAAAAGCAAAACAACGCUCUCGCCACCGCGGCCGCUCAUCAAUGUGAACAAGCACUAAAAUAUUACUAAGUAUUGUAUUAAAAAAAAAAUCUUAAAACUAUCUUCUUGUAAUUUUUUUGUAAUAAAAAAUAUCUUAUUGUUCUUCUAAAGACUGAUUAAACGUGUUUUAGUUUUGUAUUGUUUACGUAUAUUUAAAAUGAAAAUUGUAAGUCCUUGUUUAUACAUAGAUUAGAAAUGAAAUUUCGGGAUUACGUCUAAAUAAAAUAAAGGAAAAUUUAUGAAA